AAGUUUGUACUCAUUAUUGUCUUCUUUUUAUAUUUCCAUACAGGACCACGGCAGAGAUGGACAGUGUGAAUUCCACGGAGAGUACUGGGUUACCUCACUCGACCACUUCGCUGGUCUUCAUAUGCUUUUUCGCCCUUCUCAGCCAAGGACUCACCAUCGGCGGCAACAUCCUCGUCAUGUUGGCCUUCCGUAUUGAACGUCGUCUGCAUAAGCCCAGCAACUACUUCUUACUAAGCCUUGCGGCUGCCGAUCUUAUCAUCGGUCUUUUCUCCAUGCCCGUGUAUUCCCUCUACCUCAUCAUGGGAACUUGGCCCUUUGGUUCUGUUGUUUGUGACCUGUGGAUAUCCGUAGACUACGCAUGCUCAGAAGUAUCAGUAUUGAACCUGAUACUUAUAAGUGCGGACCGGAUGUGGUCCGUUCGUAACCCUGCGCGCUACAGGAACAAAAUGACGCUGCAACGCGCGGUGAUAAUGAUUAUUCCAACGUGGGUUUUACCUUUACUGCUUUAUUUUACAUCCGUCCUAGGUUGGACUAAAUUCACAAAUACCGAAGAUACACGACCUAAUGGAGAGUGUUAUUUACCGUUUAUGCAGGAUUCCCCUAAUUUCAUAACAAUAUCUACAAUUUUUGUGUUCUGGGUGCCACUAAUUGCAAUGUUUAUCAUGUACGCGAACAUCUAUAGGAUCAUUAGAAAUUUAGCGAAGAGGAAGAAAAAGGGCAGGGAAAAGCGACCGAGUUCGGCUUUGCCCCGUCCUUGCCCUGAUCAACUGCAAAGGAUAGCUCCUGUGGAGCCCACCUGUGUAGAAACCGAAGCUCCAGGUAUGGUCACAGAUUACACCACCACGACCACAACGACGACGUCAACGAGUCUCACUGCCGAUGGUUCGCGUCCGGAUGUGCCUCGUGUUGGGGUUAACAAAUGCAUCGCGAAGCGAAACAAAUCAGAUGCAGAUAGCUGUCUCGAUUCCAGCGAUGAAACGUCGUCAUCGGAGCGAAGACCAGAAAGCACCAUGUCGGCGUCGUCAAGGAAUGCAGUGGAUUCAAAACCAAAGCGAGUAAAUAAUAACAAGGUGAAGAUUGGUUCGUUAAAGCGUGGAAAUCAGGGAAGUCUAAGUGGAAGUAAGCGAGGUCUUCGUAGGACGCGUUCACAGCGCGGUGAAAGACAAAGUCGAAGCGAGCGGAAAGCAACGCGUACUUUGACCUUCAUUUUAGGGGCUUUCUUUAUCACAUGGAGUCCAUACUCUACCAUGGUAAUCAUCUUGGCGUGGUGUGAGACAUGUGUUCCAGCACAACUAUAUCAUUUUAGUUAUUAUCUGUGUUAUAUCAACAGCACCGUCAACCCACUCUGCUACGCUUUCGCCAACGAAUUAUUUCGAGCAAGUUUUCAUAAAAUUCUCACUUGUAAGACGUGUCGUGGAUAAUGAGUAGGACGUGGCGGAAUUUUUUUUUUAAGUUUCACUAUCUUAAAAAAGACUGUCCUGAGUUGAAACAGUUGUGGUCUUCUUUAAAAAUGAGGAACCCUUUUUGACAAAAUGUUGACAAUGUGAUGCUAAUGCGUUCCGCUCAUGACAACACCUGUGGAAUUCACAAUCAAUUUCAUCACGACGAAUGUGUGAUGUCAUCGUUACGUAGCUUCUGUGCACUAACACUAAGUCACGUGAUACGCAUGUUGCCAGUUUACAUGGACGACAAUGUAAGAAUGAGUCUAAACUGUAAAGAACUCAUUAAACUUAAACUAUGAACCAAUGUAUCACGUGAUAGCAAGCUUGUAAUCGUUUCGCUGUUUCAAACACGCCCCACCAGACUGAAUAUCAUCUUGAAAAAAAAUGUCUUGAAAAUAUUCACCAAGUUUCUAACAACAUGGAAAUAAUCGUCUUCUUUCUACAAAUUCAAUGAGUGUUUCCCAUUACUGUAAAUAAUAAGAAGAGCUCGUUGGUCAACUUGGUGGGUCCGUAAAUUGGUCAGUAGCAGUGCAUACCAAACACCAAAUCACCACUCUUCCCGUGUAAUAUCUCCCGAUGUACCAUCCCGGUGUUACAUAAAGACAAACCAUGUAGUACAGCAGUAAAUCUAAGAUUGAAUUAUUGUGAUGUCCUUUAUUCGAAUGUAUUCGACACAAUGGAAUAAACAAGGGUGGAUCCGGGAUUUUCCUUUCGGGUACCAUUUUCGUUG